CUGGGUCGGGCCGGCGGUUCUUCGGAGGGAGCGAGGGCUCUUCAGGCGCCCUCGGCCAAGCUCGAGGCUGCCUUUUCUGGCCUUAGCUGGCGGGGGCAGUGGGGAAGCCCUACACACGGUGCGGCUGAGAACUUCAGCAGUGGCAUAUAGAAGAGAUGAAAUGUGGUCUGAUGAGCGCUACGAGUAUGAAAGACUUCCACGAGAGAGGCUUCCACCACGUCCUGAUGGUAUGCCGUUUACAUUUGGCAGCAUAAAGCAUCAGGAUGACUACCCUCGAGUAGUCAGCUUUGGGCCCAAGAAGCCACCACUUCUGGAGAGACCUGGGGAAGGAAGCUACAGAUAUGAAUAUAGUCAUGCUCAUGUUGGCUACAGAGAGUAUGAAGAAGGUCGUGGUUUUAUCCAUGAAAGAAGAAGUGGCCCGCCACAUAGAAGUGAUGAUCCAGGGUACAGAUGGCCAAGAGAUGACCAUCCUGCUAGUCGUCAGCCAGAUUACAGGGAUAUCCGAGAUGGCACACGACGAAAAAACAUAUAUCCUCACUAUGCAAGAGAUCGAUCUCCGCAUAAGAGGGAUUCUUCUUACUUCAGGGAAUCGCCUGUCAGCCGAAGGGAUUCCCCUCACAGCAGAUCUGGCUCCAGUGUCAGUAGCAGAAGUUAUUCUCCAGACAGAAGUAAAGCCUAUGCUUUCCAUCAGUCCCAGCGUGGCAGAAGCGUAUCAUCCUUACAUAAAAGAAAUAUUUCUCAAGGUAAGGAAAGAACUUCUUCUCAGACUUUGAAAACUUCAAGAGAUGUAUCCCCCUCAGGAACCACAGCAGCAGCACCUUCUAAGGCGUUGGACAAAAGCAGCAGGUUAUCAGAAAAGGAACUUGCAGAAGCUGCAAGUAGGUGGGCAGCUGAAAAAGGAGAGAAAGCAGACACAAGCAACUUGCCUGAAAUAUCAGAGUAUGAUGCUGGAUCCUCAGAACCAUUAUAUGUUGAGCAACAUGAAGAAACCACUGCCAAUAUAACAGACAGUAAUGAAUUAUUUGAAGACAGUCAGCAUGUUAGUCGCUCAAAGGCAAUUGCUGCAAAGACAAAAGAGAUUGAACAAGUCUACAGGCAAGAUUGUGAAACAUUUGGCAUUGUAGUGAAGAUGUUGAUUGAUAAAGACCCUUCAUUAGAAAAACCCAUCCAGUUUUCCUUGAGACAAAAUUUGCACGAGAUUGGUGAAAGGUGUGUUGAGGAACUUAAACACUUCAUUGCAGAUUAUGAUUCUGCCAGUCAAGAAUUUGAAGAACCAUAAAAUCAAGUUUGGAUUGUUCAGAUUAUGUAAAUACUACUUGUUUAAAAGUAAUGAACGUUAAUGAGUUCUGGUCAACAUCUGUUCAUCUUGCAGCAGAAUUUUCUCUUUGGUCAAAGUUAUUAAUUUCAGAACUUAUUUAUGAUGUCAUUCCUCUGCCAAGGUGUAACCCAUUCAUUAUUCAUGUUUGUAUCUCAGUUCUAAUUAAGAAUUGUAUGCUUUGUUUGACUUUUUGGAUUGGAAAUAGAUGGGAUGAGUCCUAAGAGUGGACUGUGGCUCAUGGAACGGGACUUCCUGUUGUAGCUUUUGCCCCCUUCCUCAAGCCACUGUUAGGGUGUUGAGGACUGUUAGGAAUGCAGUGGGGUGUGUUAUAAAAGGGCUAUGGCUAAGUGGAAUCAGUUAAAAAAAGAAAAAGGAACCCCCUCCCCUUCCUUGGAAGCAAUGUGCCUUUUUGACCAAGAAGCCCUUUGAAUUCAUCCCAUCAUAUUUAAACAAUAUUGAAUGUGUUAAUUUGGUAUGAUGUUCCUUUUGAACAUCACAGUAUCAUUCCCCAAUGACUGAAACGGUCUGACUGAAAACACUCCUGGUAGGAAAGAAUGACAGUUUUAAUAAUUUUUAAUACUGUCUGCAGGAAGUAAUUGUGCAAGUUUAUGUAUUAUAUGUAUAUUUGCUUAUGCCUGUAUUUUAAGUAGGGUAUCUUUACAAAUUAUGUGGUUACUUUGAGUAAACAAUUUUUGAAGAGUCAA